GCUCGUACACACAUAUUGGAUUGGAACUUGGACGGGACAUUAAUUCUUAUUCAUUGAAAAUAUGUGGUGAUAACGAAAGCGAAAUUUACGUGCGAGAGAGGGCAGAAUGUGCAAUUAAGAAAAUUUUAUUUAAAAUGUAGCUGGGGCCAGCGCCAAUUGUGAUAGAACGCACGUUAUUCCCAACUCCAGCUUCUGGCCCUGUUUGCCUCUCCCGCGCUAAAUCCCAGUUCUGACCUGUCGUCCGUACACAGAAACCACAACAAAAGCAGAGCCAAUUAAAAAAUCAAUCACAAUUCUAAUUGAAAGCUGUGUGACAUGUCACCGCCAAAAAACUGCGCGGUGUGCGGGGACAAGGCAUUGGGAUAUAAUUUCAAUGCUGUCACCUGCGAAAGCUGUAAGGCUUUCUUUCGGCGCAAUGCCUUGGCCAAGAAGACAUUUAAUUGUCCUUUUAAUCAAAAUUGUGAGAUUACGGUUGUAACGCGUCGUUUUUGCCAGAAAUGCCGCCUGAAAAAGUGCCUGGACAUUGGCAUGAAGAGCGAAAACAUCAUGUCCGAGGAGGACAAGCUCAUCAAACGGAGGAAAAUUGAAACGAAUCGCGCCAAAAGGCGGAUGAUGGAACACGGAGUUGGCGGUUCGGAGGCCGAUGGUGAUACAGAUGAAAGCAAAACCCCGGCUGAUAGCAGUAGUAGCAAUUUGGAUAUGUAUGCCGGCUCACAGGAUUCGCAAAGUUGCGGAUCGGCUGACAGUGGCCCAAAUACCACUGGAAGUGGUACCAUGGCAACAGCGGGACGUAGUCGAUCAGCACAAGAGAUGAAUCCCCUGCUAAUGACGGCCGAUCAAAUUGUUGACGAGAUAGUAUCAGAUCCGGAUCGUGCCUCUCAGGCCAUAAACCGACUGAUGCGUACCCAGAAGGAGGCUAUAUCGGUAAUGGAGAAGGUUAUAAGUUCACAAAAAGAUGCCUUAAAACUAGUGUCACAUUUAAUCGACUAUCCGGGCGAUGCCCUCAAGAUCAUCAGCAAGUUUAUGAACUCACCCUUCAACGCUCUGACAGUAUUCACCAAAUUUAUGAGCUCUCCAACGGACGGGCUAGAAAUUAUAUCAAAAAUUGUUGAUUCACCCGCCGAUGUGGUUGAAUUUAUGCAGAACCUAAUGCAUUCACCAGAAGAUGCCAUUGACAUAAUGAACAAAUUCAUGAACACCCCCGCCGAGGCUCUCAAAAUGCUAAAUCGUAUCCUUAGUGGACCGAAUACGGCCACUGCAGAAAGGAAACCGACGUUGCAGACAGACAAGCAGACUAAUGGAGGAUCUGGAUUUGACACCGUUCUACAAACUAUGCUGGGCAGCAACGAAAGCGCCUCCAUUGCAUCUGCCUCGCCACUGAGUAACAGUGGAGAUCUGGAUUUAAAUUAUCAAUCGCCCAGCCAAAUUACUACAAGUCAUCAUCACACCCUGGUCUCAGAUGAACAGCCCAGCACAUCAGGAACUAGCAAUACCAAUCCCUUGGCCUACAUAGCCAAUUCACCUGAUUUUGACCUUAAGACCUUUAUGCAAACCAAUUACAACGAUGAGCCCAGCCAGGAUGGCGACCUGAGCAUCAAUUCAAUUGAGUCCGUGCUGUCAGAGGUCAUACGAAUUGAGUAUCAAUCGUCCAGUCUACAGGCUGCUUCCCGCAUUAAAGAGGAGAUGUCGUUUUUGGGUGGUCAGCCAUCAUCUGGUUAUAGUGGCUGUAACCCAGCUAAUUUACACAACCUCCAACAGCAGCAACAACAACAACCCACUUGCGCCCCCUCCAGCCUGAUAAUGGAACGUGAUCUAAACGAAGCGGAGCAAAUGAAAUUGCGGGAACUGCGACUGGCCAGUGAGGCUCUUUAUGAUCCCGUGGACGAGGAUCUCAGUGCCUUGAUGAUGGGCGACGAUCGCAUUAAGCCCGAUGAUACACGUCACAAUCCAAAACUUUUACAACUUAUCAACCUUACGGCGGUGGCUAUUAAGCGACUUAUCAAAAUGGCCAAAAAGAUAAGUGCUUUCCGUGACAUGUGCCAAGAGGAUCAGGUGGCCCUACUUAAAGGAGGCUGCACCGAAAUGAUGAUAAUGCGCUCAUCUAUGGUCUAUGAUGAUGAUCGUGGUGCCUGGAAGGUGCCUCAUACUAAAGAGAAUAUGGGUAACAUUCGAACAGAACUUUUAAAGUUCGCCGAAGGCAAUAUCUAUGAGGAGCAUCUCAAAUUUAUAAGUACCUUUGACGAGAAAUGGCGUAUGGAUGAAAAUAUUGUUUUGAUAAUCUGUGCUAUUGUUCUCUUCACACCGGCCAGGCCACGUGUGAUACACAAGGAUGUCAUAAGAUUGGAACAGAAUUCCUACUAUUAUCUUCUGAGAAGAUAUUUGGAAAGCGUUUACUCUGGAUGUGAGGCUAAGAACGCUUUUAUUAAACUAAUCCAAAAGAUUUCAGAUGUGGAGCGUCUGAAUAAAUUCAUUAUUAAUGUCUAUCUAAAUGUAAAUCCAUCCCAGGUGGAGCCUUUACUCCGUGAAAUAUUCGAUUUGAAAAAUCACUAAAAAAAGAAAAACAAAACAUAAAAUAUUACGAUAUGCGCACCGUGCAUCAAAUGCUGCGUUUGUUAAACGACGUGCUCUUGUUGGUUUUUAUAUAUAUAUAAUUAUAUAGUCUAUCUAACGAUUA